AUGAUUUAUGAGUACUCAGAUAUGGUUCCUUUACAAAAGAGGCUCUGGGUUAACCUGAGCUCAAUCUACAGCGAGGCUCACUGGGAAAGAGUGGUUUGUCGCGUUUGUUCCAAGACAGCAGAUAUCUGCUUCUGCUUGAGACCAACUCUUCUCGUAACAAAGGGAACAAUACGAAACGAAGUGAUGGACCUCUUAUUUGCCAAGAACGACUUCCAAUUUGAGCCAUCAUGCUGGUUUUCCUUGAGCGAACUCAACGACCCGAAUCUGAGACCGAGCCGGCUACGAACACCACCAAGGCUCCGGGAGUUAUGGACGGAACUCAUAUCGCGUAUGCGCCGGAUUACCAUCACCUUGAGGUGGGACAAGGCCUACCUCACUGCCGUCUCAUCAGCGCUCAUCCGCAAUGCACACAACGUCACAGAGCUUACGUUUUUCUUGCCAAACGGCAAAAAAAAAAGGCAGGCAGGAUGA